UUGAAAAGACUGUGUAUGAUGAUAUUAGAAGUGUUAAAAUCAUGGAGAAGAAUCUUAAUCAAGUAUCACCUCCGGCAUAUUCAGAGCCAGAACCCUCUGAUGUUGACACCAACCCUGCAAUAUAUACUGGAGCUUCGAAUAUAUUGACACCAGCGCACAUAGCAGAUAUAGGUCCUCCCCCAGCAUACGAUUCAAUUCUUGUCAAUCAGGAACCUCCAAAGACAAAUGUACGACACGAUGACAGGAACUUGUGGGAAAAGGUCCAUGAAUGGUUUGAAAUGUCAAUUCUGCAACAAAUUAUUUGGUUUGGUGCUCUCGUCUUUGCAAUAACUUAUAUUGUUUUCGGUUUGAAAUAUGAUGGCAAUUGUUCUCGAAUACACUACGAUGGAAAAGGAAAGAAGGUUGAAGAAAUAGACCUUCCAUCAUUCAUGAAAGCAGAGGGCGGAGUAUUGUGUGCUUAUGUUCUCUUUGUCUUUGGAUGUAGAUUACUUGGUAUUUGUGAUACAAAGCGGAAACAACGAAUCAAAAGGGCUGAUUUGGAGGGGAGAAAGAAAUGUGGGGGCAACCUCUUUUGUAUUUGGUUUUGUCUUUCCAUCGCAAGUUUUGUUUUGUGUAUUCCGGGAGCAUCAAAAGUUAUCCCAUUUUAUAAAUAUGAUGUCUCUAAGAAUUAUACAUUCAACUGUGAUUCCGAAUUCUAUAGCUUUUAUCACAAUGCCAAGAUUGCACAGUUGGUCGUAGUUGUGACAUAUGCUGCUUACAUUUUAAUCGCCAUCUUUAUAGUCAUUCCAAAAGGAAAAGUUUGGUUUGUACGACAUAAAUGGCGUCAGUGGGCCAGUCUUCUUGAUGCCGACCAAGAUGGCAUUAUCAGUACAGGUGACAUGGAGAAGACCAACGCCAGACUAGACGCUCUUCGACGAGCAAUUGGGGAUAGAACGACAGCUCUAGAUGCAGAAAAACAGAAAAAAUGGUGGAACGAUCAUAUAUUCAAAAGGGGAGUCAACAAAGAUAUUUCUAUCGACGGCUAUAUAAAUUAUCUUGAAGGAAUUUAUAAUCCUGCGGAUAUGGAGAAAAAAAUUCGCCCUGUUAUCACUGGGUUUUUUAACUUUUUUACAACUCCUGACUUCCGGAAAAAGAAUCUUCCAAUUGUGGAAGAAGAUUUUACCAAGUUCUGGAUGAUACUUACAAAUAUGGACGAACUCCAUUGCAAGCGGUUAUUUAUUAGACAUUUCCUGAAUCCUUUGACAAUGGCAAGUUUUCUUGAGGAUUUUGUUGCCUUUUUAGCAUAUAAUGAUUUCUUUGAUGAGAACACAACCAGAGUUCAUAAUAUAUUAAAACCUCCAGGAAAAUAAUAAUUUAUCAUAUGGUGUCCGCACAAAAUAAAAAUGAUCUUCCGAAAUUCAAAUAUACAUUUAAAUCAAUGACUUCGUCUAGAAACAUUUAUAUGACAAUUUGUUCGGCAGAAGUCUUUUAUUGCAGGUAGCUAGGGUUCAUAUUUAUGACAAUGAAAUGAACAAAUAUCAUUGACAAUAUAUAGCUUUAUGAUGUGGUUCCUUUUAUAAUCUGUCAUUUUUGAACUUACGUGUUGUUGAAUAAAUGUAUUUUUCUAUACAAUGAGGAAUUAUGGUGUGUCCAAAGGUUUGUAAAAGUAAAAUUACAAAAAUGCCGAACUCCGAGGAAAAUUCUAAACGGAAAGUCCCUUAUCAAGUGGCAAAUUCAAAAGCUCAAACACAUCAAACGAAAGGAUAACAACUGUUAACAACUGAUAACAACAACAUUUUUUUUCUGCCUUUGAAAUUCCAAAUUGACCAAUAUUAAUGAAUAGGCAACAUGAUAAAUUUUGAUUCUGAUCUCGUAGUCGCAUGUUCGAUACGGUAACAAGAGUAGAAUAUGACGUUUACGAGUUUUACACAUGUUUAAUCCCGGGCGUCCGAAGAGUAAAGUUAUCUCGUGUCACCAAAUCAAAAUGGAUUAUCAGAAAAGUUUGUCGAAGUGUAAGCAGAUCCUGCUCCACUUGUGACUCCUGUCAUGCUGUGUCACAACCAACAAUAGGACACAAUCGGAAAAAUUACAGAUUAAACGAAUAUCCUGGUACUAGUAUCUAAAAAUCAAAGACUGCAAAAACAUGUCAGUUAUGAGAUGACACAUAGACAUAUAUAAUAGGUGGACCAGUUCGUGAUGGUGACAGCAAAACCUAUGUAGUGUUGAAUUCAGUCGCUGUUUCUCACAGCUCUAUAGUAGUUUUUGGAGUAAGGAGCAAACACCUAUUAACGAAGUCUGUAGAGUAUGGAAAUGCACCUGUGUAAUUUAUCAAUUGAUAUGUAAAAAGUUAAAUAAAAAAAAUACUGAACUCCGAGGAAAAUCCAAAACGGAAUGUCCCUAAUCAUAUGGCAAAAUCAAAAGCACAAAUACAUCAAACGAAUGGACAACAACUGUCAUAUUCCUGACUUGGUACAGGCAUUUUCUUAUGUAGAAAAUGGUGGAUUGAACCUGGUUUUAUAGCGCUAAACCUCUCACUUGUAUGAGAGGCGUAAGGAACAUAGAACAGACCAAUGAUUAUCCAAGAUUUCAUCCUUGGUAAGUUUCGUUGGUGUUAGUUGGUUUUCCGAGUGAAAGAGAGGCGAAAGAUACCAAAGGAACAUUCAAACUCACAAGUCGAAAAUAAAUUGACCACCCCAUGGCUAAAAAGAAAAAGACCAACAGA